GAGAGUUGUAUCACGACUCAACUGAAGAAUCGGGUGCAGUUGGAUUGUUUGAAAGUAACAGUCAGUCGUGGAAGCUGGAGUUUGAAAUCUUUCUAUAGGAGACGAUAGCGAGACCAGCUGGAUACGUUAGAUUCUGAGCGGUGCACAGCUCACGUCAAGAUUGCAACUGCAAGAUCGAACGAACCAGUAGGUUCUACUUCUUCUUCUCAAGAAGUCACGACGGACGGAGAAAAGAAAUCGCGUAUCAUGAUACUCAGAUCGAGAGAAGUCAUUUACACAAAUGCCAAGGCAGCAGGUGCGGGUUCUUCAACAAAGACUGACAGUGGAGCAGUUUUGGAAAGCCUCCAUCAAGACAUGAAGAAUGAAAAAGUGUUUAGGCCCAGGGUGGAGGCUAAGCCGGUGACAGGAAUGGAUUCUCCAGCUUGGAAGGCUCAACGUGACGAAGAAGCCGAGCUGAUUGACACUUUCAGUGAUAUUUCUGUUGACAGCGGUCGGUACUUCCUGGAUUAUGUUAGAGGGUUGCUUCAAAACGAAGGGGGGAAGUACGAAGAAUUUGUCCAAGCAGUACUCGGUUGGAAGUUCAAGACUAUCUCUAUGGACGCUCUUACCCUCAAAAUGUAUGAUCUUUUUAACCAGAAUCCAGAAAUCAUGGAGAGCUUGUUCCAGAACUUCAAGUACAAGCAGUAUGCCACCACCAUGUAAGACUUGUUCCCAGAACUUUCAUCGCCACUACGUCUUUUGGGCAUUAUCGGAUGAGGCAAUGAAGCUAACUUUGAUAAACUUGCUAAGUCAAGUACACUCAUGGGUGUUGAACCAUUGAGGUUAUAUGAAUAUUGCAUACUAGGAGCGGGUGAUGGAAGAUAUGUUAGACAAUUCACUAUUAUUGUCUACUCAUCUAAGUACCUUCUAGUCAAAUGAGAAACUCCUGAAACGGUUGAUAGGAGUGGCGAAUUUGUCACAACUUGAGUACCAAAUGGUAGAUAAUUAUCAACUCAGACCAGAGAUGUGUUCAAUAGAGGCCUUUUAUGUCGGCCCAUGCUCAAACUAUUUCAUCUUCAGCUGUUUUUAUUUGUAUCCCAUAAUUUGAAAUCUGUCUAACCAUUGUAAUACAAAU